GCUACCUUUCUGGCCCCUCCCAACAUGGCCGCCGCCCUCCUUCGCCGGAAGUGGCUCCCCCCCGGGCCGGAAACCAAGAUGGCGGCGGCAAUGGCAGCGAGGUCGCCCUUCAGGUCCGUCGCGGGCGCCCCUGCGAGGUGGGCCGCGCUCCAGGUCUGUCGCAGGGCACAUGCGGCGGCAGCAGCAGCAGCAGCAGCCCCAGAGGCCUCCGCACGCAUCAAGAAGUUUGUGGUGUACCGAUGGAACCCAGACAAGCCCGGAGACAAGCCGCGCAUGCAGACCUACGAAAUAGACCUGAACAAAUGUGGGCCCAUGGUUUUGGAUGCCCUGAUCAAGAUCAAAAACGAAAUGGACUCCACCCUGACUUUUCGCCGGUCCUGCAGGGAAGGCAUUUGUGGGUCCUGUGCCAUGAACAUCGAUGGAGGGAAUACGCUGGCCUGCACCAAGCGGAUUGACACCAACCUCGGCAAACCUGCCAAAAUCUACCCUCUCCCCCACAUGUACGUGGUGAAGGAUCUCGUUCCCGACCUGAGUAACUUCUACGCCCAGUACAAAUCUAUCCAGCCGUACUUGAGGAAGAAGGACGAAUCCAACCAAGGCAAAGAACAAUACCUCCAGUCCUUAGAGGAGCGGGAGAAGCUGGACGGGUUGUACGAAUGCAUCCUCUGUGCCUGCUGCAGCACCAGCUGCCCCAGUUACUGGUGGAACGGAGACAAAUACCUGGGUCCUGCUGUCCUCAUGCAGGCCUACCGCUGGAUGGUCGACUCCCGGGACGACUACACAGAGGAGCGCCUGGCCCAGCUGCAGGACCCCUUCUCCCUGUACCGCUGCCACACCAUCAUGAACUGCACCAAGAGUUGCCCCAAGGGGCUGAACCCCGGAAAAGCCAUUGCUGAAAUCAAGAAGAUGAUGGCCACGUAUAAGGAGAGAGCCGCCAGCGUCUGAGGUUCCUCCUGGGCUGUCGGUUUCUGCUCCGCGCUCCCCCCUUCUUGCUGGAAGUAACUUAUAUCCCGUUCCUGGGCAGGCUUCUUGCCGUGUCCGGCAGGAAUAAAGUGCUAUAUUAUUCGCUGAGCUGA